AUGAUGAUAUCGCAGGGGUCCAGAAGCGGCUUGAAUCUUUCAGAUGGUUUGCAGUACAUCUUCGCUCACGUUGGUCAACUAACUGGCAUGUAUCGUUACAAGUAUAAGCUCAUGCGUCAGAUACGUAUGUGCAAGGAUCUCAAACACCUUAUAUAUUAUCGCUUCAAUACCGGUCCCGUUGGCAAAGGCCCUGGUGUCGGUUUUUGGGCACCAGGGUGGCGCGUUUGGCUCUUUUUCAUGCGCGGAAUCACACCUCUACUUGAAAAUUGGCUUGGAAAUCUUCUAUCGCGUCAGUUUGAAGGUCGACAUUCAAAGGGAGUAACAAAAACGGUCACAAAGCAGCGAGUUGAGUCGCACUACGAUUUAGAAUUGAGAGCUGCUGUCAUGCAUGACAUUCUCGACAUGAUGCCUGAAGGUAUAAAACAAAAUAAGGCCCGCAUAAUUUUGCAGCAUCUGAGUGAAGCGUGGCGUUGUUGGAAAGCAAAUAUUCCGUGGAAAGUCCCUAGCAUGCCAAUACCGAUCGAGAACAUGAUUCUACGAUAUGUCAAAGCUAAAGCUGAUUGGUGGACUAAUACGGCCCAUUACAACAGAGAAAGAAUUCGUAGAGGUGCAACAGUUGAUAAAACUGUUUGCAAGAAAAAUUUGGGCCGACUUACACGUCUUUAUUUAAAGUCCGAACAAGAGCGUCAGCACAAUUACCUAAAGGAUGGGCCAUAUGUAACUGCAGAAGAAGCUGUAGCCAUCUACACAACUACCGUUCAUUGGCUUGAAGGACGUCGCUUCUCUCCAAUUCCUUUUCCUCCUCUCAGUUACAAACAUGAUACUAAGCUGUUGAUUCUUGCUCUUGAACGUCUUCGGGAAUCAUAUAGCGUGAAAAAUCGUUUGAAUCAGUCUCAACGUGAAGAGUUAGGCCUUAUUGAACAAGCUUAUGAUAACCCCCAUGAGGCCCUGAGCCGUAUCAAGCGCCAUCUCUUGACCCAACGUGCCUUUAAGGAAGUAGGCAUUGAAUUUAUGGAUCUAUAUAGCCAUCUUAUCCCUGUAUAUGACGUAGAACCACUUGAAAAGAUUACGGAUGCCUACCUGGACCAAUAUCUAUGGUAUGAAGCUGAUAAGCGCAGAUUGUUCCCCCCUUGGAUCAAGCCUGCUGAUAUUGAGCCGCCCCCUCUGCUAGUAUACAAAUGGUGUCAAGGAAUCAAUAACCUCGAGAGCGUUUGGGAUACUAAUGAGGGGGAAUGCAACGUGCUUUUGGAGACAAAAUUUGAAAAGGUCUACGAGAAGAUAGAUCUCACCCUUCUCAAUCGACUUCUUCGACUCAUUGUCGAUCAUAACAUUGCUGAUUAUAUGACAGCCAAAAACAAUGUAUUGAUAAAUUACAAAGACAUGAAUCAUACUAAUAGCUACGGGAUCAUCAGAGGUCUUCAGUUUGCAUCAUUUAUCACACAAUAUUAUGGUCUAGUACUCGAUUUGCUCGUUCUUGGCCUCGAAAGAGCUGCUGAGAUGGCCGGCCCACCUCAAAUGCCUAAUGACUUUCUUCAAUACCAG